CGGAAGGAGCACUAUCACAUGUCAAACUCUCUUCCCGUUUUAUCUAUUUAUUUGCAAAGUCUCACUCUCUCCACAUGUAUUUGUGUGCAUUAGCUAGUGUGCUUGGAAAAAGAAGAAAAAGAGGUAGCAAUAUAGCAAAAAUGUCUGACACUAUACUAGUUUUUGCCUUGUGUUUGUAUCUUGCAGCUACUUUGAUCCAUGGAUCAAAUGAAUCCAACCAAAGAAAGCCGCAUAUAGUAUACAUGGGAGAUGUCCCAGAUCCAGAGGUCUCUGUCACCAAUGUUCAUCUCAAUCUACUUUCGAAGGCAAUUGGAGAUGAGCAAAUAGCCAGAGAGUCAAAAAUACAUAGCUAUGGCAAGAGCUUCAAUGGGUUUGUUGCAAACCUUUUGCCCCAUGAAGCAAAGAAACUAUCAGAGGAAGAUGGUGUUGUAUCAGUGUUCGAAAACACCAGACGCAAACUUCACACAACAAGAUCAUGGGAUUUUCUUAGAAUGCCUACAUCAUGGAAGCUAAGGAACCCUAAAGUCGAAAGCAAUAUCAUAGUAGCCUUAAUGGAUACAGGGAUUUGGGUGGAUUCCCCAAGUUUUAGUGACAAAGGCUUUGGUCCUCCUCCACCUAAAUGGAAGGGAAAAUGUGAUAAAGGAUCAAACUUCACUGGCUGCAACAAGAAAGUAAUUGGAGCAAGAUACUACAAUCUAGACAAAAGUUUUCCCAUUGAGGAGGACCCAACCCCAGCUGACUACAUGGGCCACGGGACCCAUACUUCCUCCACCGCUGCCGGCGUAUCCAUCCACGAUGCCAGCCUUUACGGGAUAGCCAAAGGCACUGCUCGUGGCGGUGUGCCAUCAGCACGUAUAGCAAUGUACAAGGUCUGCUGGAGUGGCGGCUGCACUGACAUGGACAUUCUGGCCGGUUUCGACGACGCUAUCCAUGAUGGUGUGGACUUGAUAUCCGUCUCCAUAGGCGGGCCCUCCAGAGACUUUUUUGAGGACCCAAUAGCCAUUGGAGCCUUCCAUGCCAUGAAAAAGAGGAUUUUGACGUCGUGCUCGGCUGGAAAUGGAGGUCCUGAUUUGUUUUCGGUGGAAAAUGUGGCACCAUGGGUCCUCACCGUUGGGGCCAGCAGCAUGGACAGGGACUUUCGUGUGGAUAUUCAGCUUGGAAAUGGCAUUAAAAUUGCGGGCAAUGGAAUUAACACAUAUUCAACGAAGAAAAAGAUGUACCCUAUAACAAGCGGAACCCUUGCAGGAAAUCUUACUGGAAACAGCACCUAUUAUACAGGAAAUACCAGUGCUUGCGACCAUGGAACUCUAAGCCAAGAUAAGGUGAAAGGGAGAAUUAUGUACUGCCUAGGGAAUAGUGGGCAGGACUCUACAAUCAAACAAUUGGAUGGAGUUGGAGCCAUCAUGUCUGUUACCGAGUUAUUAGAUGUUUAUUACAUCACUCUUCUCCCUGGUUCCCUUGUUGUUGUCAAUGAUGGAAAUAAGAUUGAUCGCUACAUUAAUUCCACCAAGAAUCCUAAAGCUAUGAUAGAUAGGUCAAGAUCUGUGAAUAUGACUGCUCCUUUUGUGGCUUCUUUCUCAGCCAGAGGACCUCAAAUGAUAAACCACAACAUCCUCAAGCCAGAUGUUGUGGCACCGGGACUCAACAUAUUGGCGGCAUACACAACAUUGACAUCGUUAACUGGGGACCCAAGUGACAAUCGCCGUCCCGGAUACAAUAUCAUUUCAGGAACGUCCAUGUCUAACCCUCAUGCUAUAGCUGCUGCUGCCUAUGUUAAAUCCUUCCACCCUGACUGGUCGCCAGCCGCCAUCAAGUCUGCUCUCAUGACAACCGCAACACCGAUGAAGACCAAAGACAAAACCGGCAAGCUCGGGUCAGGUGCCGGGCAGAUAAACCCGGUAAGAGCAGUGCACCCUGGUCUCAUCUAUGAUAUCUCCUUCAGCUCCUACAUUCGUUUCCUGUGCAAGGAAGGCUACAAUAGCACAGCCCUGAACAAGCUCAUCGGAGACAAGGGCCACAGCUGCUCAAGCUUUAAACCUGUUCAUGGCACUGAUGGGCUCAACUAUCCCUCCAUGCACACCCGAAUCAACAGCACACAAACCAGAUUUUCGGCAAUUUUUUACCGUACUGUUACUGAAGUUGGAACUGGGAGUUCUAGCUACAAGGCCAUUGUCAGGGCGUCAAAAGGUCUUAGCAUUGAGGUUGUCCCGAGGACGUUGAAUUUCAGCCGGUUGCAUGAAAAGAAGUCGUUCAAGGUUAUAGUUAAGGGUAAUUCAGCAGAGGCUGGACCCUGGUCUCGCUCAGGAGCACUAGUGUGGAGUGAUGGCAAACAUAGCGUUAAAAGCUCUAUUCUUAUAUAUAAAUUUUCAGAGUUGAUUUGAUACUUAACUAACCAUUUUGUUGUAUCAGAAUCAAUUUUCUUUUAUAUAUAAAAGACGUCAAAAGAA